UUAGUGCCUAUUCGGAUUGACUUGGAGAUUGAAGGAUAUAAACUAAGAGACACAUUUACUUGGAAUCUAAAUGGGAGACUCAUCUUUAUAUGUAUAGAGACAUUGAUUACACAUGAACAAUUUGCUGAAGUCAUUUGUCUUGACCUAAGGUUACCACCCAGUCUAUUUGUUGAACCUAUUGCCAAGUCAAUAAAAGAACAACUAGAAGAUUAUAAUCUAAGUGCAGCCACGCCUCAAGAGACAGACGAAUUAAAGACGAUCAUUAAACUAGAUAUCACUGUGGGUAAUAAGGAAUUGAUCGAUCAGUUUGAAUGGGACGUUGGAUGCCCAAAGAAUAGCCCUGAAGAGUUUGCAGAAAAGCUGGUAACUGAGUUGGGACUUGGUGGUGAAUUCAAGACUGCCAUAGCUCACUUGAUACGAGAACAAAUACAUGUAUAUAAGAAAUCACUUUUGGUACUGGGAGAGGAAGAGCAGCAACAUGAACCUAGCCAGAUUGGCAAUGCAAUUCGUGAUAAUCAACAAGCAGAAGUUUUCACACCAGCGAUUAUUGAAUUGACGGAUGCUAUGAUUGAAAGAAUGGAAAAGGAUCAAACAAGAGAAUCGAGCAGACGUAAGAGGAGAGGCACACGAUCUCGU